UUCCGGUUUGAUCCAAAUUUAUCGGCCACGCAUCAAACCUUUAUUCCAGCACCAAACAGACUCUCUCAUUAUGGAUUCAGCUCCAAACACUUCCAGUCAGUAUUGAGCCUCAUCUUCGGCACUCAACAGCUCGUGAGACGCUGCUCUGGACUUUCACAUUUCCCGAACAGCCGCCCAAUUUCACGAAGAGACGCUGGGGCGUCCAAUUAAGGCAAGGACGAAGGUGCGAUAUUUCCUCGAGUGUUGCUUUAUCAUUGGCAAACGUUUGCUCUCCGUGAUAAGGCCAUUAUAAUAAAUGUGAUGAAAGUGCUACUGACUCUGAGAAUCACUUGGCUGUCUAGUGUGGAGGAGUAUUUUUAACCACAUGACCGUACGCUUGAUCACCUGCAAAGGCCCCCAAAGACCAUAAAGCUGCUGAAGUGCCAUAGUGACCAAUUGAGUGCCUUUCUGCGUAUUAUUAUUUCUACCAUCAGUGCAUAGAAGAGAGAAUAAACAGCUCGAAAAUGUUUGUGAUAAGUCCAUCGAAAAGCUUGCUUUUAAUCGUCGUUCUAAUUGUGACCUCAUCUGUCAAAGACACAUCGGCCAUCAAAUGUUACCAGUGCAAUUCGGCGGUGGACGUUGGAUGUGAUCUCGUGGAUACUUUGCAGGCUGACAGAUUCACCCAUUUCUACAAGGAGUGCAAUCAAUCCUACGAAGGCAACGAGCCGUUCUGUCGCAAGAUUGAGUUUGAACUGCUCGAUCGCGAAGUGGAGGAGAGAAGGAUCUUGAGGAUCUGCGGCUGGAUUCCCUCGAACAGACGACGAUCCUGCGUGGAAUUCACGACAGACAAUCACUACCAAAUGGAGUGUGAGUGUCACGACGAUGGCUGCAAUGUGUCCUCGCAGCUUAGCGUGUCCCUUUUCGCGCUGGCAUCGACAGUCUUUGUAUUCUUUCUCAGGCUUAGGCAAUAAAUUAAUCAAGUGAAUC